AUGAUUAAUAAGUAAAAUCAAUUACCUAAGCAUCCUAACAUCUCAUUCAAAUAAUAUUGUGAAUAGUUUGUUAAAGUAAGUCCUAAGGCUAAACUCAAUAAAACAACUUAUGUCUUGGGAGAUCUACCACUAAAUAAACUUAGAGAAAAACAAAAAGAAUAAUUCAAAACUUUUAUCUAGGAUCACAUUUCUUUAACAAGAAAGAUUAGAGAUAAUGCAGAGUAUGAUGCUACCAUUUGUAUGGGUCUUACUUCUAAGUGGUAAAGAGCUAAAAAAGAUUAUUUUAAAUAAGAAAUCCCUCUUAUUAAACAUGAAUUAGAUAUGAGAAGUACUAGAUAGUGUUAAGAACUUAAUUUUGAUUCCUGGAGAAGAAUAGAUUAAGUAAGUUAAAAAAGAGUAAGAGGGUUCUCGGUGGACUCAACGAAAAAAACCAAUCGAAAAACAUAUACCUCAGCUUUUCGAUUUUCAUGA